AUCGAUCAGUUGCAAUUUAGUCAGCAACGAGCAAUCGUCCUACGGGAUAUUUAAAUCGUUUUCCUAGUAAAAUUUCAAGUGCCAUAGCGCGACGUAUUAAAGUUACCUAUCUAUUGAGUUUGCUCUUCAUCCACGUAUCAGUUUGUUGAUAGAUAUAAGCAAAGGGCAUGCAAGAUGCCAUUGUGUCGCAGAAAUAGAACAACGGCUACUGCAGGUGCAUUAGUUGCACUGUUGGCGUUGCUAGAUACGAUGGCAGCGGAGCACACCGUACAUCAGCUUCCGAGCCCACUGUCCAUAAUUGGCGCGAAAACCGUCUGGGAUGUGGACAGCCAGAGUCUCUUCUACGUGGACAUCAACGUGGCAGCCAUUCGUCGCUACGACUAUGCAGAGAACAAAACUUACAGCUGCACCAUAGACGGCGUCAAUCCGAUUGCUCCGGUUAUCCUGGUGCAAGGAAAGCCUGAUCACUUCGUGGUGGGAUCUGGCAACAAGUUACUCCUCGUCAGCUGGGAUGGUCGUUCUGAAAAAGGCACGCUCGUCAAAACGGUGUACGAUUUGGGGGAAUCGGAGAAACACGUGCGCUUCAACGAAGGUAAAGUAGAUCCGAAGGGACGACUUUACGCCGGAACCAUGCAACUGGAAUCGCUGGGCGAUAUCUUCCAGCAAAAGGAAGGCAAACUGUACCGAUUCGAUGGCAAAGUGGGAGGAGAGUUCCACAUGGUGAAAGACGGAAUCAGUAUUUCGAACGGUCUGGCAUGGAUUGAAAGUACGAACAAGCUGUACUACAUCGAUACUGCAGCCCUGGACAUUAAGGAGUUUGAUGUCUUGGAGAAUGGAGAUCUACAGAAUGAAACCGUUAUGUACGACUGGCGCGUUAAUGGAGAGGGCCCAGGUUAUUUCGGCGAUGGAAUGACUAAUGAUGCGGAUGGCAACCUGUACGUUGCCACGUGGGGUGGAUCAAAGGUUCAGAAGAUCAACCCAAGAACGAAGAAAGUCGAACUGGAAAUCCAAAUUCCGGCGAAAUUCGUCACAACACUAGCUUUUGGUGGGCCUCAAUUGGAUGAAUUGUUUGUAGCUACCGCUCAUACGGACACUCAGGAUCCACCGGCUGGAGCACUAUUUAAAGUGACCGGAUUGGGCGUUCGGGGUUUACCAAUGACGAAAAUGGUGCUGAAAGAUUGAAACCUCAAUAAUGAUGAUUGAUGAUCAUAAUCAUGAAAGCUAAAAAUCUGAUAAUAAAUGGAACAACUAACUUAAAACCAAAAAAAAAAAUCUGUUCAGGGAUUCAACCAA